AUGACUGUCUCCUUCAAGGAUAAGGUUGUCGUUGUCACCGGAGCUGGUGGUGGCUUAGGUAAAUUCUACUGUUUGGAGUUUGCGAAAAGAGGCGCCAAGGUUGUGGUAAAUGACUUGGGUGGCUCUUUGGGCGGUCAAGGCGGAGAUUCAAGGGCCGCUGAUGUUGUGGUUAAUGAGAUCAAGAGUGCCGGCGGCAUUGCUGUGGCUGAUUACAACAACGUGUUGGAUGGCGAAAAAAUCAUUGAAACUGCCGUUAAAAACUUUGGUACUGUCCAUGUCGUGGUCAACAAUGCCGGUAUCUUGAGAGAUUCUCAGUUCAAGAAGAUGACUGAUGCAGACUUCCAGUUGGUUGUUGAUGUUCAUGUCAAUGGUGCUUUCAAAGUCACCAAAGCCGCUUGGGAAUACUUCCGGAAACAAAAGUACGGCAGAAUCAUAAACACCGCCUCUCCAGCCGGAUUGUAUGGUAAUUUCGGCCAGGCUAACUAUUCUGCUGCCAAGAUGGGUCUUGUUGGUUUUGCUGAAACUUUGGCAAAAGAAGGCGAGAGAUACAACAUCAAGGCUAACACUAUUGCUCCAUUGGCCAGAUCUAGAAUGACUGAAAAGGUCUUGCCCCCUCCAAUUUUGGAGAAGUUGAACCCUGACAAGGUUGCUCCUUUGGUGUUGUAUUUGUCUUCAGACGCCAAUGAGAGUAUCAACGGGAAAAUUUUUGAAGUUGCUGCUGGUUUCUUUGCCCAAAUCCGCUGGGAACGUUCAGGGGGUGUCUUAUUUAAGCCAGAUGACUCCUUUACACCGGAGGCUGUAGCAAAGAAGUUUGACGAAAUCCGUGAUUUCGAGAGCAGUGGUAAACCAGAGUUGUUGCAGGUUCAACAUCCAGAUCAACUCAAUAACUAUUUUGAGUUGCAAAAAGCCGCCAGUCAAUUGGGACCUAAUGACACUGCUGGUGUUGAUCCAGUGACAUUGAAUGGAAAAGUGGUUUUGAUUACUGGUGCUGGUUCCGGCUUGGGAAGAGACUACGCGUUGGCUUUUGCUAAGGCUGGCGCGAAAGUUGUUGUCAAUGACUUUAAAGAUCCUUCUCAAGUUGUCGAAGAGAUUAAGAAGGCUGGUGGUGAUGCUCACGGUGACAAACAUGAUGUUGCUUCCCAGGCGAAGGAGAUUAUUGAUAAUGUCAUUGGCAAGUAUGGCACAAUCGAUAUUUUGGUCAACAAUGCUGGAAUUUUGAGAGACCGUUCUUUUGCAAAAAUGUCCUAUGAGGAUUGGUUACAAGUUCAAAAGGUGCAUUUGGCUGGCACGUACCAGUUGACUAGAUUGGCAUGGCCACAUUUCCUUGAAAAGAAGUACGGCAGAGUUGUGAAUAUCACUUCGACCUCUGGAAUCUAUGGUAACUUUGGUCAAGCCAAUUACGCCACGGCUAAAGCUGCUAUUGUUGGAUUGACCAGGACUCUCGCCAUUGAAGGUUCUAGAAGUAACAUUAAGGUUAAUGUUGUGGCACCACAUGCGGAAACGGCUAUGACAUUGACCGUUUUCAGAGAGGAAGAUAAGAACUUAUAUCCUCCAAAGUUGGUUGCGCCAUUGUUAAUUUUCUUGGCUUCUGAGAAUGUCCCUGUCACUGGUGAGAUUUUCGAAGGAGGUGGAGGUUGGAUUGGCGCCACUAGAUGGCAAAGAGCUAAAGGUGCUGCUUCUAAAGAAGAACAUAUUACUCCUGAAUUUGUUCGUGACCACCUUGCUGACAUUGUUGACUUCUCUACUGGAACUGCAAACCCAACUACCACGACUGAAGCAUCUAUGGCGUUUUUGAGUGCUGUUGAGGAUGAUGACGAUGAUGAGGACGAAGAGGAAGAGGAAGAUGAUGAUGAUGAUGAGAAUCCAGACAAGAUGCCAGAUCCUGUGUUUACUUGGAACGACCGUGAUGUUAUUUUGUAUAAUAUUGCAGUCGGAGCCACCCGUAAGGAAUUGAAGUAUGUGUAUGAGAACGAUCUGGACUUCCAAGUUGUUCCAACAUUUACACACUUGCCUACAUUUAACUCUGUCAAGUCUCAGUUGACUUUUUCAAGGUUGUUGAGAAACUUCAAUCCUAUGCUUUUGUUGCAUGGCGAACACUACAUCAAAAUCAACAAGUUCCCAAUUCCAAUUGAGGCAUCAGUGACAACGUCGUACCAACCCAUCACAUUGACCCAAAAAGGAACUAAUGCUAUCGUCGUUCAUGGAUCAAAGUCUGUCGACACUGAGACUGGCGAGGAGCUUUUCUCCAACGAGGCUACUCUUUUCAUCAGAAACUGUGAGUGUGACAACAAAAAGUUUGUGGAGCGCAGAUCGUUUGCUACAAACUCCUUUGCUGCGCCAAAGAGUGAGCCUACUUUCUCCCACGAUAUCAAGACUUCGCCUGACCAAGCCGCCUUAUACAGAUUGACAGGCGACAGAAAUCCAUUGCACAUUGAUCCUGCCUUUGCCAAAGGUGCCAAAUUUGAUGAUCCUAUUUUGCAUGGUAUGUGCACUUAUGGAUUGAGUGCAAAGGUAUUGUUGGAUGAGUUUGGACCAUUUAACGAAAUCAAGGGUAGAUUCACCGGCAUUGUUUUCCCAGGUGAAACCUUGAGGGUUCUUGCAUGGAAGCAAGGUGAUACUGUGAUUUUCCAAACUCAUGUGGUGGACAGGAAGACUAUCGCUAUCAACAAUGCUGCUAUUAAGUUGAUUGGUGACAAGGGCAAGUUGUAG